AUGGAAGACACUCCUUGUCCUGAUGUUAUUGUUAUUACAGCUGAUGAUGGAGAUGUCGAUAUAGCUGCAACAAUGGAUGACCUUGCUGGUGGUACAGCACAAGCAAAUGCAGCUAACAAUGAAGAACAAAUUCCAUUUACUAAAAGAAAACGGAAAAAGACUUCAGAAGUUUGGGAACAUUUUCGUGAUAUUAAGUUGGAGGACGGAACAGAAAUGUGUGAAUGUAUCCACUGUAAAGAAAAAAUAAAGAAACUUAAAGAAGGAACAACCACACCAUUGCUUAGGCAUGUUGCGAAAGAUUGCCCGAUUUUAAAAGGAAAACGAGAAGUACAAGAUUCUUAUUUUAAGCUUCAUAAAAAUAUCUUGAGUUUUGUUGAUGUGCCUCCACCUUAUUCCGGAGUAUGUAUAUAUGAUUCUCUCUUUAAGUGUCUAAAAGAGUGGAAUAUUGAAACAAAGGUUGCUACGUUAACGGUGGAUAAUGCUAGAACUAAUGAUGUAGUGGCUAAGAAGUUGAGGGAAAACUUGAAUCUUCAAGAAAAACUUGUUCUUAGUGGAACGUUGUUCCAUGUACGAUGUUGUGCGCAUAUACUUAAUUUGCUUGUUCAAGAUGGUCUAGCAGAAAUUGAACCUAUUAUUCACAAUGUUCGUGAAAGUGUGAAACAUGUGAAUGCGUCCCCGGGUCAAUUGCAUAUCUUUAGUGAGCUAGCUAAACAACUUUCAAUGUCAAAGAAGCAUUUGAUUCAAGAUGUUUCUACUCGAUGGAAUGCUACAUAUGCUAUGUUGUCUAAUGCUUUGGAGUUCAAAGAAGUGUUAGUAAAUUAUGCCGAUCAAGAGUCCACAUAUAAAAAUUUGCCAAGUGAUGAAGAUUGGAAGAAAGUUGAAGAUGUUUGCUCUUUUCUAGCACUUUUUGAGGAAACUACAAAAAUCAUUUUAGGUUCUGAAUAUCCUACAUCCAACUUAUUUCUUAGCGAGUUGUUUGGAAUAAAGGAAGCUUUGGAUGCAGUAGCUUUAGAUGGAAGUGAAUAUAUGAAAUCAAUGGCCAUUAAAAUGAAGACAAAAUUUGACAAAUAUUGGGGUGAUUGUAAUUUUUUGAUCUCAAUUAGUGCGGCUUUGGAUCCAAGGUAUAAAAUGAAAUUGAUCGACUUCUAUUUCAGGGCCAUAUAUUCUGACAAUGAGGCUCCUCGACAAAUGCAAAUAGUUCGGGAUACUUUGUAUCUAUUAUUCGAAGAGUAUGUUGAUGCCCAUAAAGCAUCGGUUGUUGCUUCAUCAAGUAGUGGAACAAACAGUGGUGUUGCCACUCCCAAGAAUAGUUUUGCUUCGUUAACCGGACGAUUGGGUAGAGGUCUUAAAACUGGGACAACUAAAUAUGAUCAACAUAUUAGAAGUGUCGAUAGUUUUACUGCUUCAAAAUCAGAACUUGAUACUUAUUUAGAAGAUGGAGUUUACAUUGGUGAACCAGGUGCAGAUUUUGAUGCAUUGGCAUGGUGGAAAGAGAACAAUUUGAAGUUUAGAAUUCUUUCCAAAAUGGUUGCCGAUAUCUUGGCAAUUCCGGUCACUACUGUUGCGUCCGAGUCUGCUUUUAGUGCUGGUGGGAAGGUUAUUGAUCCACAUCGUUGUUCUUUAGGAAGAAACAUGGUAGAUAUGCUUAUUUGUGGAGCUGAUUGGUACAGACAUUAUUAUGGGUUAGAGAGAAAGAAAAACAAGAAAAAUGAGGAUAUUGUAACUAUUGAACUACCUUGA